AUGGAGGCUUAUAAGAGAUGGGUUCGACAGAACAAAGAGUACGUGAACUCUUUAGAAUCUUUGGCCAAUGGGUUGACAUGGCUUCUUCCUGAACGGUUUUCUGAAUCAGAGAUUGGACCAGAAGCAGUGACAACCGUUCUGGGAAUCAUCACAGCUAUCAAUGAACAUAUAAUUGAUAGUACUCCUAACCAAAAUAUUACAGGCUCUGUUGAGCCUAAUUCAUUCCCUUAUCCAUUAUGCUUAUCUGCAUUAAAGGAUUUGGAAACGUUAGUUGAAGUCGUGGCACAACAAUACUAUGGUGAUGAUAAGAAAUGGAAUUUCCUUGCUGUUACCGAAGCAACCAAGGUACUGGUUCGGUUAUCUUUGUUCCGAAAGAGUGGAUAUAAAAUGGUGUUACAUGGAGGGGAGACAUCUAAUGAUGAUUCUACUUCACAACAACAAAUGGCCGUAAACCCAAAAGGGCGUUACAAUCCUGGAACAAACCCGUGGAAUCUGGAAGGAAGAGCACUGUCUGCUUUAAGUCAAUUUGGAGAAAAAGCAAGGGUGGUGUCAGAUCCAGUGUGGUUACGUAGGGUUCAACAUCAACAAGCAAUUGUGGAACCCGCCGCUUCAACCAUAGUGAAACCUACACUUUCCACCAUAUUAUCGAAAAAGGGGUUUCGUGGAGCUUUGUUUUUGAUUGGAGAAGUCCUAUUUAUUAUUAGACCACUUAUCUAUGUUUUAUUUAUUCGAAAAUACGGCACUCGGUCAUGGACCCCUUGGUUCCUUUCACUGGCUGUUGAUACCAUAUCAAACGGUAUUCUCUCACUUGUUACAACAACAGUGGCGGGCGAAAAUCCAGAAAAAGAUGAGGUUAAACGACGGAAGCUGUUAUUUGUACUCUACCUAAUGAGAGAUCCAUUUUUCUGCAAAUAUACAAGACGAAAACUUGAAAGCACUGAGAAAGUUUUGGAACCUGUACCCAUCAUAGGAUUUCUUACAGCAAAAAUUGUCGAGCUUACAAUUGGAGCUCAAACACGAUACACUUACAUGUCAGGCUCAUGA